UAUAUAGUGCUACUCCAACCUAAAACUUCAAGCACAAACCACAUCAACUUUUCAACUCGUUCACAUGACUCGUCCUUUCAGAUAUCUCGACGAGCUCAACUCGUCUUCCUCCGACUCACCUGACUCCGCUGUCGUCGAUUCCGACUUCGUCGUCAUCCUCGCCGCUCUCCUCUGCGCUCUCAUCUGCGUUCUAGGACUCAUCGCCGUCUCCCGCUGCGGCUGCUUCCGUCGCUUACGUCUCCCUUCCCCCGCUCCCGCUUCUCAAACCACGCCUCCUGCUGCUGCAGCUAACAAAGGUGUCAAGAAGAAGGUUCUCCGCUCUCUUCCGAAGGUCACAGCGACGGAAGAAUCCGCGGUGAAAUUCUCCGACUGCGCUAUUUGUCUGAGCGAAUUCACCGCCGGAGAUGAAAUCCGAGUGCUACCUCAGUGCGGACAUGGCUUCCACGUGUCAUGUAUCGAUGCGUGGCUCAGAUCUCAUUCUUCUUGUCCUUCUUGCCGUCAGAUUCUGGUGGUUUCUAGAUGCGAUAAGUGCGGCGGAAUUCCCGCUCCCGCUCCGGAAACUACCGCUGUCGGCUCCAGUUCUACGGCGGCGCCGGAAUCGGAAGUUAGGUUAAAGGUAAGAGAGGACGAUGUGAACAGUUUCUUGCCUUAGUUUUUGCGUUUUCUUUACAUUAAGUGAAAAUUAGUGAAUCCUUUUCUCAAGUUUGAAUCAAAUCUUGUGUAUAUUUAUUAUAGGUUUGAAAAGGAUUAUUAUCAAUUUAUUA